GCCCCGCGGGGGCGGCGCGUGGAUGGAUCCGCGCGUGGCCUGGAUCCAGCCCGAGCAGAAGGGGCCGGCCAAUGCCCUGUGGAUGCAGAUCUGGGAGACCUCGCAGGGCGUGGGCCGCGGCGGCUCGGGCUUCGCGUCCUACUUCUGCCUCAACUCGCCGGCGCUGGACACGGCGGCCGCGGCGGGGGCGGCCGGGCGCGGCGGGGGCGGCGGCCCGGGCCCCGCGCUGCCCGCCGCGUCGCCCCCGCCGCCGCCGCCCGCGCCCGGCCCCGCCGCGCCCGCCGCGCUGCUCACGGCGCUGGGGCCCGCGGCCGAGGGCGCGCGGCGCCUGCACAAGUCGCCGUCGCUGUCGUCGUCGUCCUCGUCCUCGUCCAACGCCGAGUCGGGCGCCGAGAGCCCCGGCUGCUCCUCGUCGUCGUCCAGCAGCGCCUCGCUCGGCCGCGCGGGCGGCGGCGCCUUCUUCAACUUCGCCGACGGCGCGCCCAGCGGGCACCCCGGGCCGCGCGGCCCCGCGCCCGCCGGCUCCCCGCCGCAGCACCAGUUCCACCCGGGCCGCCGGAAACGCGAGAACAAGGCCAGCACCUACGGCCUCAACUACCUGCUGUCCGGCAGCCGCGCGGCGGCGCUGAGCGGAGGGGGCGGCCCCGGGGCGCAGGCGCCGCGGCCCGGCACGCCGUGGAAGAGCCGCGCGUACAGCCCGGGCAUCCAGGGGCUUCAUGAGGAAAUCAUUGACUUUUACAACUUCAUGUCCCCUUGUCCUGAAGAAGCCACCAUGAGAAGGGAGGUGGUGAAACGGAUCGAAACUGUGGUGAAGGAUCUCUGGCCGACGGCUGAUGUGCAGAUAUUUGGCAGCUUCAGCACAGGUCUUUAUCUUCCUACGAGUGACAUAGAUCUGGUGGUGUUUGGAAAGUGGGAGCGUCCUCCUUUGCAGCUGCUGGAGCAGGCCUUGCGGAAGCACAACGUGGCUGAGCCGUGUUCCAUCAAAGUCCUUGACAAAGCCACGGUACCAAUAAUAAAACUCACGGACCAGGAGACCGAAGUGAAAGUGGACAUCAGCUUUAACAUGGAGACUGGCGUCCGGGCAGCGGAGUUCAUCAAGAGCUACAUGAAGAAAUAUUCGUUGCUGCCUUACUUGAUUUUAGUAUUGAAACAGUUCCUGCUGCAGAGGGACCUGAAUGAAGUUUUUACAGGUGGGAUCAGCUCCUACAGCCUCAUCUUGAUGGCCAUUAGCUUCCUCCAGCUGCACCCGCGGAUUGACGCCCGGAGAGCUGACGAAAACCUGGGGAUGCUGCUUGUAGAAUUUUUUGAACUCUACGGAAGAAAUUUUAAUUAUUUGAAAACUGGUAUUAGGAUAAAAGAAGGAGGUGCCUAUAUCGCCAAAGAAGAGAUCAUGAAAGCCAUGACCAGCGGGUACAGACCGUCGAUGCUGUGCAUUGAGGACCCCCUGCUGCCUGGAAACGACGUUGGCCGGAGCUCGUACGGGGCCAUGCAGGUGAAGCAGGUGUUCGACUACGCCUACAUCGUGCUGAGUCACGCCGUGUCGCCGCUCGCGAGGUCCUACCCCAACCGAGAUUCCGAAAGUACUUUAGGAAGGAUCAUCAAAGUCACUCAGGAAGUGAUCGACUACCGCAGGUGGAUCAAGGAGAAGUGGGGCAGCAGAGCCCACACAUCGCCAGACCUUGACAACAGGAUUAAGAUAAAAGAGCGAAUAACCCUGUGCAGUGGGGAGCCUGCCCAGAACCGAGAGCCGGGGUCGCCCUGCAGCCAGCGCCUGACCCUGUCCCUCUCCAGCCCGCAGCUCCUCUCCUCCGGUUCCUCCGCGUCCUCUGUGUCGUCGCUCUCGGGGAGUGACAUCGAUUCGGACACGCCACCCUGUACCACACCCAGUGUUUACCAAUUCAGUCUACAAGCACCGACCCCUCUGAUGGCCAGCUUACCUGCUGCCCUGCCGAUGCCCAGUGGCAAACCUCAGUCCACGCCUUCCAGAACACUGAUCGUGACCACCAACAAUCAGACCAGGUUCACCAUCCCUCCGCCGACCCUUGGGGUGGCCGCUGUUCCUUGCAGGCAAGCUGGCAUCGAAGGGACUGCCACGCUGAAGGGCGUCCACCACUCGUCUUCCCCGGCCAUCCCCUCGGCAUCCCCCACCCCGCUGUCCAGCCCGCAUCUGUACCAUAAGCAGCACAAUGGCAUGAAGCUCUCCAUGAAAGGCUCUCACAGCCACACGCAAGGCGGCGGCUACAGCUCUGUGGGCAGCGGAGGUGUGCGGCCCCCCGUGGGCAACCGGGGGCACCACCAGUAUAACCGCACCGGCUGGAGGAGGAAAAAACACACGCACACGCGGGACAGCCUGCCCGUGAGCCUCAGCAGAUAGUGGCUCCGCUGCACUCCCCCACCCCAGGCUGCCCAGCACCUCGGCACCACGCGGACUGAGACCAGCGCCCGGCCCGUGAGCUGGGCCCGCACCAGUCACUCUGCAUGUCUGUCUGUGUGGCGGUCACGUCCGUUCCCAAGAACAACGUGUGCUCAUCUGUGAGGCCUUACAAAGCGCGGGCGUCGGUGCUGCCGCCCCCGGGUUCUCCGAUGUGUGCUGGAGCAGGCGGGCUUCCGCUGGGGCAGCCACCCUGGCCCCGUGUGGUUUGGUGUCUUCAUCUCACGUGGGUCGAAGCAGCAGAGGCGAUCAGACGCCAUCGGCCAUGUCUUGUCCACCGGCAGGGUUGGGAGGUCACCGUCUUCACUGCCCUCGUGUUUGGUUUGAAGCUUCAGAACUGUUUUUCUGUGUACAUAUUGACAACUUAUGAUUUGUGCAAUAACUCAGAUAUUUUUUAUUUAAUUUCGUAUUUUCACAUAAGUUAUAUUUCAGGGAGGAGGGACUUUUUUUUUUUAAACAAGCUCAGAUCCUUUCCCGAGUCGUAUUUUCUAAGUUGGGUUCAUCGUGUCGGCUGUUGUUGGAUGGGCAUCGUCACGAGCACUGUGCCGAGGGGCUGGGGGGCUUUAGUUUUCCUUCUUUGCUUUUUGGUCAGAGGUGAGUGAAGGAGCUGACUGCCCGGCGGCUCCUGGGGGCUUCAGCCCCAGGCCCUGCUGCGGGCCCAGCUGUGGCCCUGCCCUGACCGCGAGUUUUAACAUUUUGAUUUUGUUCUUUUAAACUUGACAGCAAAUCCAGCAUUUAAAGUGCCAGAAGCGUAACUUUCUAAGGGGAGGAAAGGUGUCACGGAAUGAGAUCUUAGAGCACGUGGCCUCGGACACGCUCGAGCGAGUGUUGGGCACAGCCUGUGAUGACGGGGUGCUGAGCGUCAGCGCAGACAGUGGUACCCAGUUUUAGGAAGUGGAGAAAGGAGUAAUGUUGAUUCCGUUGAGGAAUCUGUGUAGCAGUAUGCCUUCGUUCUGUUAAGAGCAAAUCCACGAGAAGUGCUCCCUCCGGCUGCUCGGCGCGCCGCGGGAAGUGUCGCCACUGGCGCCCACGCCGGACGCGUGCAGGUACACUAUGCAAGUGUGUUCCGCCACAGCCACCACUCUCCUCGCUACCUUGUUGGGAACACGAGGAGCUCCGUCCUGCCUAACCCUGCGUUUCCACAGCACCACAGUUGUCCUGGGAGCGGGUCGUGUCCUGUGGGCCGCCCGGCCCCGCUAAACACUACAGGGAGGCCGGCCUGUGAUGUCCACGCGUGGAGACGUCGAGAUGCGGGGCCAGCUGCUUGCCGUGUGCAGUGGGGGUCCCGCACUGCCGAGUGAUGGACACCCAGCGAGGAAGCUUUAAGGUGUCUGCCCCGCCUUGGAAGCAGGCCUGGCCUUCCCGGGAGCUGCCGCCUGCCCUGCCGGUUUCCUGGUGGCGGCCAGCAGAGUAGCACACUGUGUCUGCAGUUCUUGGUGAUCGAGAGUUAUCCAAAAUAUUUAAAAAAUAUUUAAAUUGUGAACCUAUUGAUAAGGAAUAUUUAUAAAAACUGACCCGUAGGCCUGUACUAAUCUACGCGUUAGCAAUAUUGACUGUAACCCACAUUAAGGAAACCACUGUGGGGACAGCGGCGAGUGUCCCCUGGGGUGCACAUUUUAAAGCUCCGUUCAUAGACACCGGUUCCAUGUUCGUGUCCGUCAUGGUGAACCAGAUGAAUUGGCCUGGCUGCCACUGUGGUCGCGCUACAGGUUUAACAAACAGAUAUCAUGUUUCGAUUUUUUUUGUGUGUGGACAACAAUGUGGAAGCUAAAAUUGACAUAUUUUUAUGUAAAGUUUUUCUAUUCUUUGAUUUUUAAUAAACUUUGGA